AUGCAAGUUGAUACAACACAGGAGAACGGAGAUGUUAAAGAAGCCCUAAGAGGGCUUCCUGAAAACCUUUAUAAUGACUGGAUGUUUUGCAUGAAGAUAGCCUUGGAUCUGACCACGAGGCAACAAAUUUUGCCUAAAGAGCAGUGGACAAAAUAUGAGGCGGAUAAAUUCUACCUAGGACCAUAUCUGAACGAGGUGAUUUGGAAAUGA